AUGCGUCAACUUUAUCAAAUUCAGGCCCAACUUUUCGUUUUCCUUCUAUUUCCCUAUUCAAAAUCUAUUAACCCCAACAUCAUCGCCGUUAAGCUCAUAGGGGUAUGUGGCGCCCGCGCUAAUGCGCACCACGGUGCUUUAAUCUUCACUCAUUACCUUUCAAACCCAAAUAUCUUCGCUUACAAUGCCCUUCUCAAAGCAUUUGCUCAGAACAAUCUCUGGCAAGUGGGUCAGCUUGGGGAUGCUCAGAAGCUAUUUGAUGAGAUGAUUUUUAGAGAUAUUGUAUCUUGGAACACUUUACUUUCUGGUCAUUGUUUAAGUGGAAACACCAAUCAGGCAAGGUGGAUUUUCGAUGGGAUGGGUGAGAAAAACACGGUUUCUUGGUCGACGAUGAUUAGUGGCUAUGCAAAGAUGGGCAAGUUAUAUGAAGCACGCCAGCUUUUUGAUAAAAUGCCAGAGAGAAAUGUAGUUUCAUGGAACGCAAUGAUUUCUGGUUAUGCCCAAAAUGAGAAGUAUUCCCAUGCUAUAGAGUUAUUUCACCAAAUGCAACAACAGAGUAAUCUGGUGCCCAAUGAUGUUACACUCGUUAGUGUAUUGUCUGCUUGUGCACAGCUUGGAGCACUUGAUUUAGGGAAGUGGAUUGAUAGAUUUAUAAAGCGAAACAAGAUAAAGCUGAGUCUGUUUUUAGGCAACUCACUGGCUGAUAUGUAUGCAAAGUGUGGAUGCAUAGUGGAUGCUAGGCUUGUUUUUGAUUCAAUGCAGGAAAAAGACGUGACCUCUUGGACUAUUAUAAUCACCGGCUUAGCAAUGCACGGGCAUGCAAAUGAAGCCUUCAUCUGCUUUAGAGAAAUGAUUGAACAUGGAAUGAGGCCUAGUGAUAUAACUUUCAUGGGGCUACUAACAGCAUGUACGCAUGCUGGACUGGGUGAUGAGGGGCUGGACUAUUUUCAUAUGAUGGACCAAGUGUAUGGAAUUUCUCCUAAGAUUGAACACUACGGGUGCGUGGUUGAUCUUCUUAGCCGUACUGGUCAUCUAAAAAAAGCUGAGAAUUUGAUCAUCUCAAUGCCUAUAGAGCCUAAUGUCAUAGUUUGGGGUGCACUUCUUGGUGGGUGUAGGAUAUAUAAAGAUGCAGAGAGAGGUGUUCGCAUAGCUCAACGCAUUCUGGAACUGGAUCCUGACCACUCUGGAAGCUAUGUCUAUCUUGCUAAUAUACAUGCUUCAAAGGGAAGGCUAGAUGAUGCAGCUAAGUGUAGGUUGAGAAUGCGAGAUAACGGAGUAAUAAAAACACCUGGGUGUAGUUGGAUAGAGGUGGAUAAUACUGUUCAUGAGUUCUUCAUGGGAGACUUGGACUCACAUCCGCAGUCGGAAAAGAUUAGUUUAAUGAUUAGAGAAUUAAGAUGGAGAUUGAAGCUAGCUGGAUACAAACCUAAGACAGACAUUGUGUACUGGUCAAGGAACGACAAUUAG